UCCAGGCGAGUUUUCGCUCAAUUUUGUUGCUGCCUUGUGCCCCCCUGCGGGACGAAUCUCUUGGACAGGGUCAACACAGCCUCAAAUGGUUCUGAACACAGACCCGCUGCUCAUGCACACCAGCCUCGCUCGCGGUACGACUCGGAGAUCUGAUGGUUUAGUCUUUCGUUCUCGGGUCAGGACCGCUCGACAGGAAACCGUUCCUCUCCCGUCCCGACCUUUGUUAACUCUCUCACGACAAUUACCCGACUCGAUCUCGAUCUCGAUCAUCCGAAGAUGGCAGACCACUCUGGGGCCAGCGAAGCAGGUGGUGGUGGAUUGGACUUUGCGUUGUACCGCUACGACGUAUCGCUGCCAGCCGCCAUCGCGGCCGCAGCAGUCUUCCUCGUCCUGUCACUUCUCCACACAUGGCGAAUCGUGCGCCAUCGCUCUUUGUACUUUACCGCCUUCACCAUCGGCGGAUACUUCCAGGUCAUCGGCUACUGCGGUCGUAUCUGGUCCCACUUCGAUGCUACGGCCAUCGGUGGCUUCGUCAUGCAAGCGAUCCUCAUACUCGUCGCACCCGCGCUGUACGCCGCCUCGAUAUAUAUGAUACUUGGCCGUCUGAUCCGCGCGGUACACGCUGAGAGCCUCUCCAUCAUCCCGCUCCGGUGGAUGACCAAGAUCUUCGUCGCAGGCGACGUCCUCUCCUUCCUCCUGCAGGCUGGGGGUGGCGGAAUCCAGGCGGCCGGCACGCUCGAGCUGUACGAUAUUGGCGAGAAGAUCAUCAUCGUCGGCCUGUUUGUCCAGAUCACCAUUUUCGGCUUCUUCCUCGCCACGACGGUCACAUUCCAUUUGCGGCAGCAGAAGAGCCUCAAGCACCACAAUAGCACCAGCAUGGACGCCUCCUCCUCGCCCUUCUCCACUAUCCCGUGGGCCCGCCACCUCGCCGUCCUCUACGUCGCCAGCGCGCUCAUCAUGAUCCGCAGCAUCUUCCGCGUCAUCGAGUACUUGCAGGGCAACGGCGGCUACCUCAUCUCGCACGAGGUGUUCCUGUACGUCUUCGACGCCGUGCUCAUGGCCAUCGUCAUGGCCGUCUUCCUCGUCUUCUACGUCGACGACCUGAUCGGUGCGGAGCCGAUGUACCGCCACGGCAAGCGCGCCAGCGGGGCAGAGCUGCUUUCCAGCCGCGACAGCAACGUCGUCGAGCUCAGUGACCGCCGCUAGAUGUCUUGACGGGAUGCCUGGCCGCUGCAACUUGCACUCUGGUUGCAUCGUGACUGGCAAUGGCAUGAGUCCUCUCUAUGAGCGAUACGAUUUUCCAUAUAUACACACCUGUAGCUUGCAGCUCCGGACGCGAGGGCAUGCAUGUAGUUUCCAGGAGCCCUACUAGAGUAAAAUAGAACGUUUUGUAAUUCUUUUCAA